UUCCGAUUUCUAUAAUAACCAAAUUUCCUCCCCAAACAAUAUACGAUAUCAAUUUCUUAACCAUCACUAACCAUGUGCACAUUAGAGAAAACCGGCACCAACAUCUUCAUUUUAACAUUAACCGGCGCCGAUGAGCACCGUCUAAACCCCACUCUUAUCGACUCCAUCCUCUCCGCUCUUCGCCAAGCCAAAUCGCAAGCCACUAAAGGCUCGGUUCUCAUCACAACAUCGCGGGGCAAGUUCUUCUCCAACGGCUUCGAUCUAGCCUGGGCUCAAGCCGCCAGCUCCAAGCCCAAAGCAACCGAGCGUCUCCACCACAUGGUGGAACUUCUCAAGCCGGUGGUAGCCGAGCUAAUCUCUCUCCCUAUGCCAACCAUCGCGGCAGUCAACGGCCACGCAGCCGCCGCGGGGCUGAUCCUGGCUCUGAGUCAUGACUACAUCCACAUGAAGAGAGAUAGAGGUGUACUGUACAUGAGCGAGGUUGAUAUUGGGCUUCCGUUCCCUGAUUACUUCACAGCCCUUUUCAGGGCCAAGGUGGGAUCGCCGUCGGUCCUACGCGAUGUGUUGUUGAGAGGAGCCAAGGUUAAGGGAGACGAGGCGGUGAGGAGGGGGAUUGUGGAGGCGGCACACGAUAACGAGGAGAGGUUGAGUGAGGCUACGAUGCGCCUGGGGGAACAGUUGGCGUCGAGAAAAUGGCUUGGCGAGAUUUACAAGGAGAUAAGGAAGAGUUUGUAUCCAGAGUUAUGUGGCGUGCUUGGAUUGGACCAUCCAAUAAUUGCUAAACUCUGACAAAGAAAAUCCCUAAAAGAUUGGAAGGGUAGUAGUAGUAAUAAUGUUUUAAUUGUUAGUGAGGUCUUAAAUUAAAGUUUGCACUGAGUUGUGAACCCGUUCAUUGGCCCCCAGAAAUCAGAAUUUUCUAUCAUGUAGUGUUACUGAAGGGAUAAUUCAAUAAAUAAUGAUUGUGUCUCUGCUAA